AUGCGCGCAGUGAGAAGCACGAGAGCUGCACUGCAAAGACACGACGGCGUGACACCCCGUGGGGAGCAUCGAUGCAGACCAGCAUGUCACGUGCAGGAAGAGUUGCUUCUCCCGCUGAGCAAAAAGGAAAACGGCCUCAGCAGCACAAUGAUGAGAGGUCGUCCGCACCUCCUCGCAGCACCUGCAACCUCGGCAGACAAAAAGAUGCAGACGACGCUCUGCUGCACGCAUGACGGCCGUUGCACCCGUCGCAAUAGCAAUCGCAUCCUGUGGCACCACACGCCGCAGUGGAUGUGCACAGUCUCCGUCUCCCUCCCUCCUGUCCCUCUCCCUGAGAACUCAUCGGUGGCCGUGGCACACUCACCGACAUGUCAGAAAGCACUUGUGCUUCUUCCUCCCUCGCACUUCGAACAACAGCACCACCAAACGCAUGUCGCUCCUCCUUUCGCGGAUUCUCCUCAGACACGCCUCCCGCCACAUUCAUCAGCCCACAGGCACGCAGUCCGUAAACGUCACGCAGCCGCCCCGCACGAUGGAGCCGCACACACCAACAGGGCGCCUCGCCACUCGGCGCAAGCAGUGUCUGGACACACAAAACAGGUUGCCCCAGCGAACAACAGCCCCCUCCAAGCAGUGAGGCAGGACUCGUCAGUAACAAUCAAAAAAUCAGCCCCUCGUCUCCUCCUUCCGCCAUGCACGAGGUUCUGCCUGCCACAUGCAUCAUCUGUGACGCCCGGACCCUCAAUGAGCGAGAAAAACGCUAUGCUCCCCUCGACUCAACGAGAAGCCCAUUGA